CGCCGCCGCCGCCGCCGCACCAUGUGAGCGCCCGGUCGCCGCACGCCACCCCCCGCUCCAUAAGCGCGAGUACAAUGCGACUGCGCCGUCCGGCGUCGCCUCGCACCCCGAUCUCCGCCGCCAGCGAUGGCCGGCUCGGCCUGUGCUCACGUGCUCAGUAGCGCCGCCAUGGAGGACCUGGUGACCACCAGCGGGCUGCCGCCGCCGGCCUACAAUGCGGACGUGGCCUGCGGUGUUGCGGACAGAGGGCGCCAGCGAAUCCUCACCGGAGCACGUGCUGGUGGCCGUGCUCAAGUCACUGGCCAUGGGCCUCAUCAUCGUCUCGUCCGUGCUGGGCAACCUGCUGGUGAUUUGCAGCGUGAUCCGCUACCGCCGGCUGCGCGUCAUCACGAACUACUUCAUCGUGUCGCUGGCGUUCGCCGACAUGCUGGUAGCGCUCGGAGCUAUGACGUUCAACGCCAGCGUGCAGGUGAGCGACCGCUGGCUCUUCGGCCACGUGGUGUGCGACCUCUGGAACUCGCUGGACGUGUACUUCAGCACCGCGUCCAUCCUGCACCUCUGCUGCAUCAGCGUGGACCGCUACGUGGCAAUCGUGCAGCCGCUCGAGUAUCCCAUGAAGAUGACGCGCAACAAGGUGCUGCUGAUGAUCGCCUGCGUCUGGACCUUCCCCAUCCUCAUCUCGUUCAUCCCGAUCUUCUUCGGCUGGUAUACGACGGAGACGUACCUGCGGCAGCGCGAGCGCCAGCCCACCUCCUGCGAGUGGGAGGUGAACGACUGGUUCGCGGUGGUGUCGUCCUCCAUCUCGUUCUGGAUCCCAGCCGUCAUCAUGGUCUGCAUGUACCUGCGCGUGUUCCGAGAGGCGGACAGGCAGGAGCGGCUGCUGUACAGGGCGCGCGGCAGAGCGCAGCUGCUCGUCACGCACAAUGGAGGCGCCGAUGGAGGUGGCGGCACGGAGACGCACGCUGUCGACGACGACAGCAACAACAGUCGACGCCAGAUGCACAAGCUGCGUCGGGAGCGCAAGGCUAUGCGCACGCUUGGCAUCCUGAUGGGUGCCUUUCUCUUCUGCUGGCUGCCCUUCUUCCUCUGGUACAUCAUCGUCAGCCUGUGCGGGAAGCGCGUCUGCACAACGCCAGACAUCGUGGUGGCACUCCUCUUCUGGAUCGGCUACUUCAACUCCACUCUGAAUCCUGUCAUCUACGCUUACUUCAACCGCGACUUCCGCUACGCCUUUCGCUCGAUCCUGUCGUGCAUGCUCUGCCACCGGUGCUGGCAGCGCGACCCGUACCACGACAUCUACAUGCGGCGUCACUCGUACCCCACCGAGCUCCGGCGUGAGAGCGUCAUCAGCCAGGUGUACCAGCGCCGGCGCAGCUCGCUCUCCUCGGACGUGUCGCAGGUGAGCGGGCUGGUCAGCCGGCCGGCCUCCAACCAGCUGGGCUCCGAGCUGGACGUGCCCACGCGCGAGCCCGGCUCGCCCACCGAGCACACAGUGACGCUGGUGGUGCCGCCGCUGCCGCCGGCCGUGCCCGCCAAGACGCAGCGCAGCCCCACCCGGCCCAUGCGCAUCAAUCUACUCAAGGGCCAGUUCCUCAACCGGCAGCCUAAGCAGGAGAAGUGGUCGGACGUGAAGAUGAUCGGGCUGGAGGAGUUGAACGGCCGGUCGCCACCAGCGCGAACCGACCCCGCCUCGGUGGCGUAACACUCAGGUGCUCUGUACAGUGUACCCGCGCUGUUCUUAUCUGUUCUAUGUGAUACAAUAAAUGUUA